UGUGUUUGUGUGUCUGCACCUCCCAGAUCAGCCAUAUUCCUCCAGAAACCCUCCUGAUCCCGGUGAUCCCGGUACUGACGGGUACAGACGGUUCCUCCCGGUGAAGAGAGACAUGUUCCCGCGCUGAAGCCCCGCCCCGCUCUGACCCAGAGACCGGAUUACAGACACGGGGCCGCAGCGGCUCCCUGACCGGAGGAGCGUCACCGACACCGGGACUCCCGGACCACCGAAACCCCGGAGCUAACGAGCUGCUAACUGAGGAUGUCGGCGGCGGCCCGGCUGAAGGUUCUGGAGGACCUGCUGCUGCAGCAGAAGGCUGCGGGCUGCCUCAGUGUGGAGGCCCUGCUGGACCUGCUGCUCUGCUUCUACACCGAGUGCAGCAGCUGCCCCCUGAAGAGGGAGAAGCACGUCAGCGACUUCCUGCAGUGGGUGAAGCCGUUCACCACCACGGUGAAGGACCUGCGUCUGCACCGAGAUGACUUUGAGAUGCUGAAGGUGAUUGGACGAGGAGCAUUUGGAGAGGUUGCCGUGGUGAAGAUGAAGCACACCGAGAGAGUUUACGCCAUGAAGAUCCUCAACAAGUGGGAGAUGCUGAAGAGAGCGGAGACGGCGUGUUUUCGAGAGGAGCGGGAUGUCCUGGUCAGAGGAGACAGUCAGUGGAUCACUACGCUGCACUACGCCUUCCAGGAUGACAACUACCUGUACCUGGUGAUGGAUUACUACGUGGGGGGGGACCUGCUGACACUGCUCAGUAAGUUUGAGGAUCGACUUCCCGAAGACAUGUCCAAGUUCUACCUCGCUGAGAUGGUGCUGGCCAUCCACUCCAUCCACCAGCAGAACUACAUCCACAGAGACAUCAAACCGGACAACGUGCUGCUGGAUGUUAACGGUCACAUUCGACUCGCUGACUUUGGGUCUUGUCUCCGAAUGAUGGAGGACGGAACGGUGCAGUCCUCGGUGGCGGUGGGUACCCCGGACUACAUCUCUCCAGAGAUCCUGCAGGCGAUGGAGGACGGGAGGGGUCGCUACGGACCGGAGUGCGACUGGUGGUCUCUGGGCGUCUGCAUGUACGAGAUGCUGUACGGGGAGACGCCCUUCUACGCCGAGUCUCUGGUGGAGACCUACGGCAAGAUCAUGAACCACGAGGAGCGUUUCCAGUUCCCCUCCCACACCACCGACCUGUCGGAGGACGCUAAGGACCUGAUCCAGCGCCUGCUGUGUUCCCGGGAACGUCGCUUUGGCCUCAACGGCAUCUCCGACUUUAAGAGUCAUCCGUUCUUCAGCGGCAUCGACUGGGACAACAUCCGCUCCACCGAGGCGCCGUAUAUCCCCGACGUGUCGUCACCCACCGACACCUCCAACUUCGACGUAGACGACGACGUCCUCAAGAACCCGGACAUCAACCCUCCGAUGUCUCACAGCGGCUUCACCGGGCAGCACCUGCCCUUCGUGGGAUUCACUUACACCACUGACAGCUGUUUCGCCGACCGUAGAUCCGUGGGCGGGAGGGCAGGCCAGGAGGUGGAGGUGGAGGUGGGGGGGCAGGAGAUGGUGGGGGGAGGGCAGGAGGUAGAGGCGUUCGAGAGGAGGAUCCGCCGUCUGGAGCAGGAGAAGCAGGAGCUGAACCGCAAACUGCAGGAGUCCACCCAGCGGCUGCAGGUCGGGGGAACUCUGAGUCGGGACAAAGAGAUCCAGAAGCUGAACGAGGAGAUCGAGCGUCUGAGGAAGAAGCUGGCAGACUCUGAUAGGCUGGAGCACCAGCUGGAGGAGGCUGUCACUCUGAGGCAGGACUACGAGAGCUCUUCCUCAAAACUCAAGAACCUGGAGCGCCAGCUGAAGACCCUGAGGCUGGAGAAGGACGACGUGCACAAGCAGCUGGCUGAGGCCCUGGAGCGCCUGCGUUCUCAGGGGAAGGAUUUAAAGGACGCACACUCCCAGAGGAAGUUGGCGCUGCAGGAGUUCUCUGAGCUGUCGGAGAACAUGGCCGACCUGCGAUCGUUUAAGCAGCGAAUCAGCCGUCAGCUUCGAGACAAGGAGGAGGAGCAGGAUGUCCUGCUGGCCAAGAUGGACGCCAUGAGGCAAGACAUCCGCAAGACCGAGAAAACCCGCAAGGAGCUGGAGGCUCAGCUGGACGAUGCGAAGGCUGAGGCGUCGAAGGAGAGGAAGCUGAGGGAGCACAGCGAGGGUUUCUGCAGCCAGCUGGAGGAGGAGCUGCAGGGUCUGAAGUCUCUGCAGGGCCGCGGGGGGGCAGCGGGGGGAUCCCAGCAGGAGCUGUUGCGCCUGAAGGCGGAGCUCGAUAAGAAGGUUCUUUUCUACGAGGAGGAGCUGCUGAGGAGAGACUCCGCCCACUCCUCCGAUAUCAAGAACCUCCGCAAAGAACUGCAGGAGGCCGAGGGGGGGGCACUGUCUGCCAACAAGGAGCUGCUGCAGCUCAGGGACCGGCUGGACAAGGACAAGAGGGACAGACAACUGGAGAUGGAUGAAGCUGUUUCAGCACUUAAAGAGAAGUCUGAGCGAGAGAAGCAUCUGCUGACGCAAGAAAACCUCAAACUGAUGAGCGAAACUGACAAGCUGUGUGCGUUUGUGGACAAACUGACGGCUCAGAACCGUCAGCUUGAGGACGAGCUGCAGGAUCUGUCGUCCAAGAAGGAGAGCGUGAACCACUGGGAGGCGCAGAUCGCUGAGAUCAUCCAGUGGGUGAGCGAUGAGAAGGACGCUCGAGGCUACCUUCAGGCUCUGGCCACCAAGAUGACGGAGGAGCUUGAAACUCUGAGAAGCUCCAGUCUUGGAACAAGACCUCUGCCUGAGUCAGGAAUGGCCACACCUCCUAAGAAGCCCUGGCCUCCUAUUGGUGGAGACAGGAGGGACCCCCUAUGGAAGGUGCGUCGCAGCCAGAAGCUGGACAUGUCGGCUCGGCUGGAAUUGCAGUCGGCUCUGGAGGCCGAAAUCAAAGCCAAGCAGCUCGUCCAGGAGGAGCUGAGACGAGUGAAGGCCAACAACAUCAGCCUGGAGAGAAAUCUGAAGGAGUCUGAGGAGAGGAGUCUGGAGAUGGUGGAGCAGAUGGACAGUCUGAAGAGAGAGAUGUCUCGCUCUGACAAAGGUCUGAAGCUCCCGGACUUCCAGGACUCCAUCUUUGAAUAUUUCAACACGUCUCCUCUGGCCCCAGACCUCACAUUCAGAACCUCCGACAUUGACUUCCCCCCCCUGAAACCAGAGGCAACGCCCCCAUCGCCCUGCACCGAGGUCAGUCUCACUGAAGUGAGACCGGCAUCAGUCCCUGUGAGCCCCACACCCCCCACCCAGAGCUCACUGACCACACCAAAGCCAAGAGCUCACCAGCUGAGCAUCAAGACCUUCUCUAGUCCGGCCCAGUGCACCCACUGCACCUCCCUGAUGGUGGGACUCAUCCGGCAGGGAUUCGCCUGUGAAGUUUGUUCCUUCAUCUGUCACGCCUCCUGCAAGGAUCAGGCCCCCCCGCUCUGUCCAAUCCCAGCCGAGCAGGCCAAGAGGCCGGCGGGCAUCGACGUCCAGAGGGGCAUCGGCACUGCCUACAGGGGCUACGUCAGGAUCCCAAAGCCCAGCGGGGUGAAGAAAGGCUGGCAGCGAGCAUUCGCUCUGGUGUCUGACUGCAAACUGUUCCUGUAUGACGUCCCAGAAGGAAAGACAACCCAACCAGGGGUGGUGGCUAGUCUGGUGCUGGAUCUCAGAGAGGAGGAGUUCUCCGUCAGCUCGGUCUCGGCGUCAGAUGUGAUCCACGCCACCAGUAAAGACAUCCCCUGCAUCUUCAGGGUGACAUCCUCGCAGCUGGUCUCGCAGCUGUCCUCAGUGUCUCUGCUGGUGCUGGCAGAGAGCGAGGUGGAAAAGAGGAAGUGGGUCCGGAUCCUGGAGGGUCUGCAGAGCAUCCUGACCAAGAACCUGCUGAAGAACCGACAGGUCCACAUCCUGCAUGAGGCCUACGACGCCUCCCUGCCAAUCAUCAAGACCACGCUGUCUGCAGCCGUGCUUGAUAAGGAGAGGAUCCUCCUGGGAACCGAAGACGGGCUGUUCGUGGUCGAAGUCACCAGAGACGUGAUCGUCCGGGCAACAGACAGUAAGAGGGUCCAUCAGAUAGACCUGAUCCCUCAGGAGCAGAUCCUGACUCUACUGUGUGGGCGGAGCCGUCACGUUCACCUACACCACUGGGGGGCGCUGGAGGGGGCAGAGGCCUUCGACGUCAAGUUGGCGGAGACCAAAGGAUGCCAGGCCCUCACCACGGGGGUCUUGAGGCCCGGGGGCCCCGCCUGCCUGCUGGCCGCCGUCAAGCGCCAGGUUCUGUGCUACGAGAUUACGCGAGCGAAGCCCCCCCAGCGGCGGCUGUGGGAGGUGCAGGCCCCAGGGUUUGUGCAGUGGCUGGGCAUGCUGAGGGACCGGCUGUGCGUGGGCUACCCUGGGGGCUUUGCUCUGCUGGCCCUGCAGGGGGAGUCGUCCCCCAUCAGCCUGGUGAGUCCGGCCGACCCGUCGCUGGCCUUCCUGUCCCAGCAGUCUUUGGACGCUCUGCACGCCACGGGGGUCGGGUCCUCCGAGCUGCUGCUGUGCUUCAGCCACAUCGCUGUUUACGUGGACGGGCAGGGCCGCCGGUCCCGGAGCCAUGAGCUGAUGUGGCCUUCCACGCCGUUGGCCUGCAGCUCUAACUCCUCCCACCUGACGGUCUACAGUGAGAACGGGCUGGAUGUCUUCGACCUUCAGACCUCAGAGUGGAUCCAGACCAUCUCCCUGUGCAAGAUCAGACCUCUGAAUGUUGAAGGGACGUUAAACCUGCUGAGCUCUGAGCCCCCUCGACUCAUCUACUUCAGCAACACGUCGUCAGAGGGCGUCCUCACCCUCCCCCCCCCCUGUGAUCACAGCAGGAAGUUGAUGAUGAGGACUCGCAGUAAGAGGAAGUUCCUGUUCAAGGUUCCUGAGGAGGAGCGCCUGCAGCAGAGAAGGGAGAUGCUGAGGGACCCGGGGCUCCGCUCUAAGAUGAUCUCCGGACCAACCAACUUCAACCAUGUGGCUCAUAUGGGACCAGGAGAUGGUCUUCAGGUCCUCAUGGACCUCCCUCUGAGAGUGAUGCAUUCCUCACAGGACGACUCAGUUAAAGAUAAGCCCCGCCCCCUUUCCAGUAUCUCCCGGCAACAGAGGAGCAGGACACACAUCACACGCACAGCCUCAGAUUUUGGGGGCGGGGCUUCUCCUCGCAGUGACCCCGACCAGGACGAUGGAGAGCCGGACUCAUCCCCCCCCUCUAACAGCUCUAACCCCAGCUCCCCCCCAAGCCCCAACUCCCCCCACCGCAGCCAGCUGACUCUGGAUAGCCUGGAGAUGGAGCCAUGAGGCCCUGCCCCGCCCCCCUGCUAAAAGAACCAAUCAGGCUACAGACUGGGUUAAGCUUUUACACGAUGAUUUUAUUGUGGCGGGGUCCGUCUGCGCUUCCUGCUGCUUUUAUCAUUGUUGGAUUUUAUCUGCUGGGAAGCCCCACCCACUGGUUUUAACCCCACCCUCCCUCCUGCUGAUGGCUGCUGCGUUUGACCUAAUUGGCUCACUGGGACCAAUCACCUCUUGUCUUUAUUAAAUUACUUCCUGCUGAGCUUUAGCUGCUGAGCUAAUGGAGGGGAGGUCUCACUCUGAUGAAAAAACACUGUAUGAAAUAAUUCUAAAGUUUUGUUAAAGUUGAAAAUCUUCGUCGACGUUGUUGUUGUUGUUAUACUAGGAGAAAAAAAUCUUUGAUUUUGUGUGAUGAUCUUUCCUACUGCUCCCCCCAGUCAGGUGGGGGGGGGGCACUUGAACACUACUGUUUAUUCAGAAUCUGCAUUAAAGGAUCUCUGUCACUAUGAA